GUGUGCAGCCAAGCCAGGGCCAGGCGGGGUGCUGGGGUACCUGCACAGGCAUCUGUGUUUCCAGUGUGAAAGCCAAAGCGUUCAGUGUGUCUGAGCCCUGGUGUCCCAAAGCUUGCCCCACGCUGAGUGUUAUCCCACUCCAGCCAGGCGCUUCUCCCAGAAAGGCUUUCCAGAGUGGACAGGAGACACCAGUGAUGAAAGGAUGCCCUUUUCCCCAGAGACUGUUUUCUGCUAGUCCCCUGCUGUGCUGCAGAGCUGAGUUGUUUCCCUCUGGAGCAGCUGGUUCCUGUUGCCUUUCCCUGUGCGAUUUCAGAGUCACCAGGCCCACCCAUUUUCUUGGGUACGUGGACAUUGCUGCGAGCUGCCUCUGCAUCUCCAAUAGACUGAGCAGACUGAGCCUGGCGUGUUUGUGCCAGACAUUUUCUCCAGCCCUUAAACCACUGUUGCAUCUGUUCCCCAAAUCCCUCUCUUACUUUCCCAUGUGCUCUCUGCAGCAGACAUGGGGGCUGUGGGUAGUAUCCUGGUUUUGCUCUCAUGGGAGCUGUAUCCAGACAUCCUUGCUCAUCCUGCUCUGCACUUUAUCCCCCGCUGUUGCACAUCCUCUUGGAGAAGCUGCUUCCCAGGGUGCAACUCUUUGGUGUGCUCAGUCCAGCGCCCGAUUUCCAGGGUGCCAAGAUGGGGAUUAUCAUCUCCAAGCACAGACAGAACUUGGGACAGGGCAUUGGUGCCACUGCCACCUGCUCAUCUCUGGUCGCUUCCCCACCAACCUUUGAGAGUUUGUAUUUACUGCCACUAAUGGCACAACUCCGUCCCUCUUAUCUGCUGCCCUUCAUCAGUGGACCUUGCCUUGUUUUACAAAGGAGGGUGGAGUGGCAUGACACAGAUGGAGAAAUUAAGGCAGGCAGGGAGGGAGUGAAUUUGCCAAGGUCAGCCAGCUGUGGUAGGGCCAGGAGCAGCCCUUGCUGCGCUGUCGCCACUUGGGAGCCCCAGGCACUGGAAACACGUUGUGCUGACUAGCCUGGGACCCACCAGCAUCUCUCCUGCACUGUCAGAGGGCGUGCUCUGAGGUUACUGGUGAGGGCUGGUGAUGCCCUGGCUCUCAGUGUGCCCACAGCGCAGCACCUGGGAACAUGGGAGGUGAAGGCUGCUGAUGCUCAAGCAUUUGUCAGGGCUGGGUGCUGCAUGCCCUGCUCCCUUUGCUUCCUCAGAGGAAGUCUGUCAUCCUGACCAAUUCUGCAUUUUCCAUGUGAUGAGCAGGUUUUCCAGACCCAACCAGUAAAAGACCUGUUGCACCACUGAGAUUCCCGCGAGCUCAGACACAGCUGUUGUGGGUAGCUGUGGGAUUACCAGCAGCAUUGUGAGUUCUCUUACCUGCCCUACCAUCCUUCCCUGCUCGCCUCCCUGGGGCAAAGGCUGCAGGAUGAUGUCCCUGUGUGGCUGUGUCUUGCCUGCACCAGGAUGGGCAAAGGGCACAUGCGCUGAGUGGGGUGAUGUACGAGCCUGUCCCCAGUGUGGCUGCUGAAGUGGGGUGGGUGGUAGUGAGGGCUUUGCCCCAUGUCUAGACGGAAUCGUCAGCUGUGGGGAAGGAGCAAGCCGUCUGCUUGCUCUGAUUAGCAUGCUCUUUAAAUAAGACUCUAAUUUCCGCUGUUAAAAGAGCUCAGAUCCCUUGUGCCCAGGCUGGGGCUGCAGCCAGCCUCGUCCCAUCCCCCAGCCCCAUGUGCUGGCAACAGAUGGGAGGAGGACCGACAUGCCGUGGCACCCCGGCUUGGCCGCAGUACCCCCAAGAAGCACCCAGCAAAGGGGCCAUGUGGGGUGCUGGGGAUCGUCAGCAAUGGGUGAGGGCAAUUGUCUGUCUUCUGGGUGGGGGACCAGUGGCUUGUGUCCACCCCCCACCCCGUACCCCAGCACGGCUGCCUGGCUGAGCUCAGCUCCGGGGAAUGCACUGGGAUUCCUGGGCGCCCUGCCAGAGUGCGUAGAGGCGAGGGGGAAUGCCGUCCUGCUCUGGGAGGCUCUGUUGCCCACUGCCUUCCUGGGAUGGCAACAGCAAAGGAAACCCUCUUAGCAUGUGGCUGUGUCUACCGGGAGUUAUGGCUUGCUCCCUCCUCUGCUAUAUCCAUUUCCAGGGAGGAGGCCAGGAUGUUGGGCUGGUGCUAACACCUGGCUGGACUGGGUAAACUGGUCAGUGCUUGUAGGAGGUCAUGGGAAGCCCAAGGGAACAUAACCCCUUCCCUGUCAGGGAACAUGCAGGGGUGACGCAGGAUGGGGCCUCUCAAGCAAGCUCAGGAUGGUGGGUGCCCUCGAGGACACCAUGCCCCAUGUGUUUAGGGCUGUGACUGUCCUGGGAGCCAGGGAGUGUGCUGGCUAGAGGCUCCUGGGAACCCUGGGAGAAAUCCCAGGAAAAGGGCUUUCACUGGACCUUCCCUCCCCCAUGCUGCCUCUUCUCCAGGAUUAAGGCAUUAGACGACGUGCAGCUGCACUCAGACCUGACCCAGCCUAUUGCAAUGGCAGGAGGCUUAUUAACAAGGAUUUAAGCCAUAGGCACAUCCUGGCAAUGUGGCGCUGAGCCAGCGCCUGCCAGGGGCUGCUCCCUGAUCUAGGGACACUGCUGCUGAUGGGGACUCGGCCAGCCCCAGGGUGCAUGGCCACAGAGUGCCAGCGCUGUGCAUGCCGCUCAGUGUUCCCAUCGUGGGCGCGUGGCGCCGGAGCUUCACCGCCUGCAGCCAUCCUGGCGGGACUGAGCCUGCCUGCGCUGUCAAGCUGGGUCCUGGCGCCUGGCAGCUGCUUGUGCCAGCCAAACCGACCGAGCCAGUCCUGCCAGCCCCAAACAGAGUAGGAAGGGAGGGCAGUGCUGCUGCCAGGCAAGCUGGGUCAGGACUGCUAGGCUUCUCUGGGCCAGCACCAGGCAGCUGGCAGGACUAGGGGGUCCCACUGGCCUCAUCCAGGCUCUGGCUCCCUUGGCCUCUGGCUCUGCAGGGGGUGAAGGGAGACCCUGCGCACUCUGCUUUGGCCAUGUGUGUCCCUUCCUUAAAGCCUGCACAGCCACUGAAGCCAGGCUGGGAGCCUCAUUUCUGUGUCUGAUGCUGCCUGCGCAUGGGGAUAGAGUGGAUGGAAGGCAGCAAUGAUGAGGAUGGGGUGGGAGUGCUCCUUGCCCUACCUGCAGAUGCAGGCGUGGGCAGGGAGGCCCUGGGCACCAGGAUAGGACUGGCAGCAGUGCCAGUAUGGGGUGAGCAGGGUGAUGGGCACAGGGAGGACCUGGGGUGCCGUUAGAUGAGGAGCCACUGGUGUGUCCAGGGCUAGAGGAGCUGUGCUCCCCACGGCAUGGGCUGCACUAUCACCCUGGGAUGGAGUCUCCCAAAGCCCAGUCGUUUUAUCUGGUACUCACUGAAGAGGAGGCAUGGGGGAACCCAUCCUCCCUUCUCCCUGCAGCCCGGUGAGGGACCAGGAUGGGGACCACGGCUACAGGUGUCUGGGGUGUUCCCACCUUGCUUGUCCAGGGUCUGUUCUGAUCUCUGCCCAGGGACUGGCUGGCUGACAGGAGCUGGCUGGAGGUGACACGGGUGUAACUGGAGCGGGGUGCCCACAGGCAGGUGGCUGCUGAAUUAUUCAGAGCUGCUCCAUGAACUCAUUAAGCUGGUGGUGGCACAGCAGGGUUGGGCCAGGCCACUUCCACUCUGCUUGUGGCUGUUUUGGCUUUGGUGCACCCAGACAUGUAAAGGGGUCUUUAUAAAGCACUGGUUUUCCCCAGAAGGCCCUUUGGUUGAGGGGAGCUGCUCCCCAUCCUCUGUGAAGUGGGUGCUGUAUGGGUCCCUGUUUCAGCAUGCAUCCUAGGACAAAUGCUUCUCGAAGCAGUGCCAGUCGCGGGGUGGGAAGAAGGCAUCAAAGAACCCACCGCACUAGCCUCUCAGUGUUGUGAUGGGGACAGGGGCCAAGCUGCAAGCAGGAUUCAAGGCACAGGGGAUCCUGCCUCCCACCAGCCUCCUGUGUUUUGCCCAGGGAUGCAAUCCCUGAGGCGAGGAGGUGUGGGGGGCAGACUAGGGGCUGGCACUAGCACAGCAGCCUCAACCAGCAUUGACUAAAAAGGAGAAGAGCAGGGAGCUGACGGCAGCACCAAGGAAUGCCAGUGCCUCCAUGCGCUGCUUAGUGUGUACGAGGGGCAGCUGGGAUCAACCAACUUGUCCCGUACCACCCCUAGCACCUACUCAGGAUGGGACCCUCAGCACUGGUUCACCCCCUUUCCCCCAGCAUGGUGCUGGGACGAGGGAUCCCGUGCUUAUCCCUCACCCUGCACGUGCUGGGGCGCUGCAGGGGCGUGGGGGUGUCCAUGCUUGGCCACGCUCUCAGCUGCUGUUCCUGGCAGGGAGACAGGCCCCCAGCUCGCAUGACAGCAUUGAGCUGGGAACAGCUAAAUAUACAGCCUCAGCCAAGUGCUGUGCCCCACCAGGCUGGGGACGUUCAGUGGGGCAGCAUUAGCCACUGCCAGGGCUCGUUCUGGGGACAAUGUGUCCCCUCUGUCAUCCACUUUGUGCUGGUGGGAUCUGGCUGGUUGGUACUGACCCAAAGAAGCCCUCCCUGGUGUCCCUAAUCCUGCACCUGCGUGUCCUUGCAGUGGAGUUGUUACACCUUACAGGAGCUGCUGUUUCUUCUCCAGGAGGACUGGACAGGAUAGCAUCAUGAGGAGAGCAGGGCAAGCAGGAUGCCAUGGGUGCGUCACCGCCAGUCAGGCCAGAUCAUGGUGCUGAAGAUGAACAAGCUGACCAGCAACCGGGCCAACAUGCUGAGGGAGGUGCAGCUGAUGAACCGCCUCUCACACCCCAACAUCCUCAGGCUCAUGGGGGUGUGCGUGCACCAGGGACAGCUGCAUGCACUGACAGAGUACAUCAAUGGUGGGAACCUGGAGCAGCUGCUGGACAGCCCUGUGCCCCUCUCCUGGUCCACACGUGUCAAGCUGGCCCUCGACAUCGCCUGUGGCCUACGCUACCUGCACUCCAAGGGCAUCUUCCACCGUGACCUCACCUCCAAGAACUGCCUGGUGCGCUGCGAGGCCAGUGGCUACACAGCUGUGGUGGGCGACUUUGGCUUGGCAGAGAAGAUCCCCAACUACAGCGAGAGUGGCGAGAAGGAGCCACUGGCCGUAGUGGGGUCUCCGUACUGGAUGGCGCCUGAAGUGCUGCGAGGGGAGAUCUACAAUGAGAAGGCUGAUGUGUUCGCGUACGGCAUCAUCCUGUGUGAGACCAUUGCUCGCAUCCCUGCUGACCCUGACUACCUACCCCGCACUGAGGAUUUUGGUCUGGAUGUCGCCACUUUUCGCAAAAUGGUGGAAGUCAACUGCCCAGCGGCCUUCCUCCAGCUUGCUUUCCACUGCUGCAGUAUGGAGCCUACGUCCCGGCCCUCGUUCCUGGAAAUCACGCAGUGCCUGGAGGGCAUCCUGCAGCACCAGCUGAGUGCUGAAGGUGCUAGGGCCACCCUCUUCAGCGGCAUGGAGAGCCUGCCCUCGCCUGGGACUGCAGCUACACUUAACGAAGCUGGGAGGGCAGCCAGCCAUGCCAAGCAGUCACCCCUGCGCGAGCUAGGGACGCAGCAUCUGCAGCCAGACCAGCGCCUCUCCCGCAGCCAAUCCGAUGUGUUCUCUCCAAAAUCGCCCACCUUGCUGCGGCCACUGGAGCCUUAUAGUGGGGCCAGGACCAAGGAGACGUCCCCCCGCAUCAACCCCUUCUCCCAGCGUGAGGACCUGAAGGGGGGGAAGAUCAAACUCUUUGAUACGCCAAGCAAGUCUGUCAUCUCACUCACCUUCGACCUGCCACCUCCCGCUCCACUCCAGCUCAGCUCCCCUGUGACACCUGAGCCCACCAUGGAGGUGCAGUGUGACUUCUCAGCCCCUACUGCUACUCCCCGCAAGUGCCACUCGCUGCCCACCUCCCCCGAGCUGCCCCGCCGGGGGGGGCUGGCACUGGGUGUGGGGUCCCCUCAUCCAGCUGAUGACCACCAGAGCCCCACCCUCCUCCCACCCCCGGCCUGGGAACGAGCCUCCCCUCCCAGUCCCGGGGCAGAGGAGCGGAUGGACUGUAGCACCGACAGCCUUGAGCUGCCACAGCCCCCACCACCACCCAACAAUUGCAACUUCAUCUGCACAGCAUCCUCGGGUACCACACCCUGGCACCCAGGGCAUGAAUCCCCCAGUGGGAUCCUCUUCAACAACAACCAUGUGGUGGUCAGCAAACCCCUGUCUUGGGGCAGCGGGCCAAGGCACGGCUUCUCCGAGCUCAGUAUUGCCUGCACAGCGGCGCUGGAGCAGACGGAGCGUGCUGCCAUGCUGCCCGGGCACGGCUCCAGCACCACACUGGAGCAGGAUGAGGUGCUGCACUGUCCCGACUGCUGCCUGGGUCCCUUGAGUUUCAGUUUUGCCUCUGUCUGCCACCAGCCGGCACCCAGCUCACCUCGCUACCAGAACCUCAACUGCGAGGCUAAGAGUUGCCCCUACCACGACCAGGGCCGCCAACAGAAAUCCACAGGGCCAGUGCUGACAGAGCCCAGCCUGAAGCUGCCGGAGGCACAGUCCUAGUGCCGGGGUCCCCUGUGGAAUGGGGCUCUCUCCGGCUGCCUCUCGGACCCCCCCGUGGCUGCAGCACCAAGCAAGUGCUGGAGCCUGGGGUACAUCCUCGCACCCACCACACUUGAUGACUGUUGGUGAUGACAGCCCUAAGCUGUGGCCACCACAGUGCUGCCCAGGUCCUCAGGCACCCAUACUACCACUAUCAGCCUCUAGGGAGGUCUGCGGGGGGGUCCAGGGGUGGGCUGGGUCCCUGCCGGGGACUGAAGUGCAAUAACACCCCUGCUCCAAGCACACUCCAAGUGCUGCCUCAAGGCAGCAGGGCUGAUCCUCCAGGAUGCCCCUGGGUCUCAAACUCUACUUGUAGGACCUCCCUUUCCCAAGCAUUCACCCUUCUGCUUGGUCUCAUGGAGGGGUGUGCAAUGAGCUAGGGAAAACCAGAAAUUCCCCACAGCCCCUCCCCAGGCCAAGGGAUGAGCAGGGCUGGGCUGUGGGCAGAGGAAUGGGGUGUGUAUCUGAGGAUCCUGUUGGGCUGGUGCAAGUCCCCAUGCUUCUCUAGAACUGUGGGGAGUGCAGCCAGACCCUGAUGUGGGAAGAGACAUACGAGGGGCCAGGAGAGGGGCAAUGCACAUGGGGAAUGCACAGGGUGGAUUACCAGCAGUGGAGCUGCUCCAGCCUGCCCAGCACCAAGGGCUUGGUGCUGAGCUGGUAUGGUCUCCUGUUGCCCUGACACAUGGGAUCAGGAGCCAGGUGAUGGCAGAGGGGCCGGGGUGCCAUCCUGUCACUGGGGAUAAGGGGUCAUUGGGCAGCGUGAUCAGGCUGCCCGGCCCCUGGCAAGGGUGGGAGCCGGCUUUCCUCCCUCCUGCACAACGCACUGGUGAAUGCAGAACUCUCGUGUUUUUUAUUAUUACUAUUAAUUGCUAGUAAUAUAUACUCAGCUUAUUUAAAGUGUU